AUGGGGAGAUCGUCGCCUCCAUUCCUUUACGAUCGUCCAUCCGCCUAUAGCUUCUAUGGACCGACCGACAAGGCCUUCAACCCGAAGGCGGCGACCGAGGCCAGCUGGACUCGUCCAGCUCCAAAGCCCAAACCAACAGGGCCAUUAGUGAAUUUGAAUCGGCAUCCUGAUACGUGGGGUUCCUUUAAUACGGUCAGCUCUUGGAUUCCGAUGAGCCCCUACACUAAGGAUCGCGUCAAGUGGGCACGCAUAGCUCAGCUCACACUACGCGUUUUUACUCUAUUGGGAGCUCUUGGGUCCCUGUUCUGUUCAAUUGUUAUCACGGGAGCUGCAGCGACUGUCAUUUGGAUCAUUCGCGUAGGCCCAAUUGUCUCCAUCCUUCACACCAUUUAUGGUAUUUGUCACCAUGCUCGCUCUCCUAUCACUCGACCCUCCGGUUCACAAGCCGCGUAUGGGCUGUUCGCUUCGACCCUGGACUUGGGACUUAUUGCAUUCUACGUGUUUACCGCAUUCAUGGCAUAUGGCGAGUGGACAUCCAACGCAUACAAUUGGGGAACUAUGUUCAAAAACAGCGACAUCACUGUCAAGUUGUCCGAAACUACCUUCAUUCUGGCCCUUGCAAAUGGCGGACUACACCUGAUCUCCUUCUUCAUCUGUAUUUUCUUCGCAAUCACCUUCCGCAAGAUCUCUCGUCUGCCACCAGACAUGAACCCACUUGAAGACAACUUGACUGCGCGCCCCCGCAAGGGUAACCGCGAUAAGGCGGAUACAGAUGAGAAGCAUCUCAGUCAAUCUACCCUCAACUCCUCUAUGGAGGAUCCUCUCAUCGGACGUCCUCGUAGUAUGCCAUUUAUGCACACACGUGAACAAUCCCUCGGAGGUGGCUCCAACCAUGCAGGAAUGGAUAUGGUUAAUGAUCACCGACAAUCGCAGCCUUCAUUUUAUCAGCACCGUCUGUCUCACCUUGAAUCCCCCACAGAGCCUCAUAUGGAACCUUCCAGCCCGGAGAUGCUGUUUCACCAACCCGAAAGCCAGCCAUACGAUAUUACAUCGCAGACACCCACACCCGCUCCAGAGUAUCGAAAUGUUGCGUCGCAUGCCCCGGAAAUUAUCAAUGCUACUGCUCAAAUGCGUCAUUUGUCAUCCCGCACUGCCGAUAGAUCGGACAAUGCCAGUCCAGUGUCUGACAACUGGGUAGCAUACUCCGAACGCUCUCAAUCCCCAAUGAGUGAAGCUCAAAAUGUGAACGAAAAUACUCUUCGCCAGUCCUCUUCUGUUUACAGCCGUCGCAGUAACACAUCCACCGGUAGCGGUAUUCGUGAUUGGUUUGCCUAUGGUUCUAAACCUGCCCCCAACAUUGGAAAUGCUAUUCCAGAAGAUGUUCGAGGAGAAUAUGCAUCUCUCGCUACGCAUGAGUACUACGGCAAUUACGCCAACCAACGUGAAUUGGACGUGGGUGACCAGCGCAUGGAUAUCUUCCCUGAUCCUGAAGAGCACAAAGAUGACAUGGACGACGAGCCCAAUGGAUCUAUUCCAUUCAACCCCCUCAUGCUCAACCCACCCACUCCGCAGCCUAUUUUAACUGAAAAGCCUGAGGACACUGAUCCCGUGAGACGCAUUGUUUUGAGCGACAACCCUAACUUGUCCUACAACGGAAACGCCCAGCCAGUUUCUGUUCCCCACAAAGAUGCCGACUCGCCUCCACCCGGGAGCAGAUUUUAUGGUGAGCUGGAUGUUCCUGGCAAGCCUGGACUGGAUACCACCCGCGAGCCCAGCUAUGAUAUUAUCAGGAAACCAACCAAGCUUAAAAAGAAGCGCACCAAGAAGAUGUCAGCCUAUGAAGCCCUCAAGAAAGAUGAGAGUGAUGGUGAAGAUGGAUACCUCGCACCUAGAGCCCUCAACGCUGCUGAGGGUGACCGUCAAGGCCGUGUCGUGAGCAAUUCCGGCGCAGACACCGCCAGACCUAGCAUUGCCGCUGGCGUGGGUGCUUCCCUGUCCUCGUAUGGAAGCUACAUCGCCGUUCUGGGCGUUGGCCGCCGCCGCGAUGUCAGCGGCAAGGUCGCCGAAGAAGGCCGCAGCGAACCCAUCGUUGAGGAGAUGCCCACCCAUACCCAGAACCAGACUCCCGGCGCAUCGCCAGUUCGGGCCGCUGGAUGGGCCCGCUUCGCCGGACUUUGA